AUGGCACUUCAAAGGUUCUUCAGAAAUGGCGCUGUGGCCACGCACCGCCCAACGGCAAGGAAACGACUGCGACGAAUGUACUCGAGUGAGAAGGAAUUGAUGGAGGCCCUGGAGCCACCGCCCUCCGUGUGCCGCCAUCUCUUGCUGGGCGAGUCCGAGGAUGGCGACAUGACAGUGGUGGAGCGCCGCGUCAGUCUGAAGGAUCCGGUCUCGUUGCAGCUCAUGGAGUGUCCUGUCAGAGGACCGAACUGUGAUCAUCUUGAGGCAUUUGAUCGACGCUCUUAUCUGGACUUCAAUGAGAUGAUGGAGCGGGACAAAUGGUGCAAACUGACUCGGAGGUGGCUUUGCCCGUGGUGUCAGGUUCCGGCCAGGGGGAAGGACCUGGUGGAGGCUCCGGAGUUCAAGCAAGUGCUUGACGAGAUGCGACGGGCCUGCUCCGACGCGACUUAUGCAAUAGUACAGCAAGAUGGAUCGCUCAGAAUGCCGUUUGUUGCAGCAGACAGGAGGAUCCAGACCUCUUCAUUCAAGCGCAAGUCUUCCUCCAGCGUGGACAGGGUUGACACCUCCAGCGACGCGGACUCUCCCAAGUCCACGAGUGUGACAACAUGCGAGGUUCAGGACCUGCGGUCUCCACAGAGGCCUGGAAAGCGAAGCUCGGCAGAAGACGUGGAGCCGAGUCAGUCGAGCCCGACUCCCUCCAAAUCGGAGCCUGUCCGAUCCAAGCCGCCCGACUGGCCAUCCUGCAAAGAAGCAGGUGAGAUGCCGAGGUGUGAAGCUGUCAAAGACACUUCAUCCGGUAAGGAGGUCGAGGAAGUUGGCUCUGUCGAGGAGGACCGUGAAGGUCCGGACGAGGGCAUCAGGCCUCCACACUUCACGGCUGUUGAGUCUCGAGGACAACUCAACAGCAAUAGAGCUAUGCCGGCAUCGGCAUCGGCCAAGGUGUCCUCCAAGAAGAGUCGGAAGGCAGCCCUUGCGGCAGCCAAAGAGGCGUCGUUGAUGCGCUUGAGCGGCGCAAGCAAGCAGCAGCCCAGCAUUUUGACGUACUGUCAACAGCUGGCACGCUGCACGGCCUAG